UUAUUAGAGGCCGUCACCCAAAAACAUAGCCGUGCCUCGCUCAGAAGGACACGCUCCAGGAGAGAGGAGCUGGAAAACCUGAAGCUGGCUGUGGGGAACUCUGGAGGCCAUCUUAGCCCUGCUUAGAAGAGAGCUGCCAUGUGCACUGGGAAGUGUUCAAAAUGCAUUGGGAUCGCCCUCUUCCCACUGGCAGUUUGUGCCAUUGUCUCCAACAUUCUCCUGUACUUCCCCAAUGGACAAGUACUGCAGCUCAGCGAGAUAACUGAUGUGGUCUGGUUUUUCCACGGCAUUCUGGGAGCUGGGAUACUGGUUAUGUUGCCGGCAUUCAUGAUGCUGGGAGCAGGUGGAGCAGGAUGUUGCGCUAACAGAUGUGGGAUGCUGCUGUCAGUGAUCCUGUCUGUGAUGGGAUUCGCAGGAGGAGCAUAUUGUGUGGUCAUCUCCUUGUUUGGGCUGAUUUGGGGUCCUCUGUGUGACACAGGUGAUGGAGAAUACCUCUACCCUUUCAGGAAUGACACUCUGGAAGACAAUUAUUUGUUUAACCAGACAACAUGGAGUAUUUGCAAACAACCUGAAAACAUCAUCCUUUGGAAUAUCGUCCUUUUCUCUAUUCUCCUGGUCAUCGGUGUGAUUGAAGCUAUUCUUUGCUUCAUUCAAGUCAUCAAUGGACUCACUGGCUUCAUAUGCGGCACAUGUAUGAGGAGAAGAAAGACAAACAUUUCUGGAAUGUGAAUGACCUACAAGGAAUGCCAAGACAAGCCCCAAAUGCUGAUUCACAUGCAAUAAGGAUAGUGCACUGUACUGUUUUAUUUAUGGGGGGACAACAACAAAAAAUGUUCAGGUGUUUCACAGGGCAAAAUUAUUUUUUUAUGAAGAAGUCAAGGUGGAAAAGGGCUAGAUAAUUUCAGUCUGAGACUCUACAUUUUCAUCUCUCUAAACAUACCUGCCAAACCUCAGGUACUGGCAAAAAAAAUUAAUCUGUCUGGCCCUUACUGCUGUACUUGUGUAUAAAGCACAACAGUCCUCAGAUAAAAGAUCACCACUUGCCCUCUCAUGUAUGUGGGAAAUGGAGCUAUUGCUAAUGUACACAUUUAUCAGCUGCAUGAAGCAGGCACUCUCUGGCUGAUGUAAAUAAUGUCCCAUGCUCCCCAAAUCUGACCAUGAGCUCACCUGUCUGUUCCUAUUAAUUUUUGAAUGGGGCAUUCACAGAUUUGAAUGAGGAUGAGCAGAGAAUAUAUCGAACAGUGUUUGAGACACUGCAGAGGAACUGAAGAACAUGGGUUCCAGCCUCUUUCUGCCACCCUGGAGCCAGAUCCCCUCGCCAAAGCCCAGGCCACUUCUAAAUUGGCUCUUCAGGAACAUCUGAGAGUUGUGGCAGCCUUAGAGGAGCAUUUGGGUCAACAGAGGUAACAGGGUUUGCAGCAAGGGUUUAGAAAUGUCUGGCUUAACAAAAGGGUGAAGAACCUUACCACCAAUUUUGCCUUCAUGAAACUGCCUAAGAAUUUCACUAAUUUCCACACAGGUCUGUAGGGCUGCUCUAGAAUAGAGCACAUGGAUCAAGGAAUUAACUCACCAAAGAUAAAUGUAGUAAUGAUGUGCAGCUUAGAAAUAAAUAGAAGAUAUAAUCUGAAGGCAGCAGAUUGCAUCAGCUUUAGUUUUUUAGCAACUGUAAUACCAACCAGGAACUGCAUAAUUCCCCAUCAUCACUCAAGAGCAAGCCCUUGAUGUUGAGCUAAUGUCCAUGACUGGGAAGUUUCAGAAAACUCAUCAUUUCAGUGACUUCCUUCUUGGACAGGAGCUGUCAGCCAAACUGUGAAAUAAUCUUUACCCAUCCUGAAUGCAUGUAGGCAGCUAUGAAAACCUGAAUAUAUUUAAAGCCCUUGGAGCCUAUUUCUUCUGAUUUAUGUUUUCUCAAAGUAGUUUGUAUUUCUGUGCUGUAGCAUGGGAACAACCUCUUUAAAUACACUUAUUGCAGACAUAUGUGGCAGCUUGCACUGUCCUUUAAUGCAACAUGCAAAAUGCUUCACAUUCUCCUUUAUAUCAAAAUGAGAAGAAAAGGCCAGUUGCCUAGAUGAGGUGCAUAUGCACCUUGGAGCAUAGUUUCACCCCUAGAAGGAGGAAAUUUAACCUAUAAAAUUUAAAUGCAACUUCUGUAAAGAAGAAAGCAUAAGACUUGUUGAAGUUUGCCGUCCACCACUAGGUGCAUCCAAACAUGCCAGGUGGCUUAAAAAG